CGAGCACUCGCGUACCCGCGGACGCGCUCACACUUGUGGCUCGGCGCGGAGGCACUGCGAGAAACCGCCGAACAAAUACGAGCAGCCAAUGGAGCGAUUUCAAAUCAUAUUUGCGUCCGCGGAAUAGUGUGCAACCGGGGCGUUUUCCCUCCCGGCACGUGACGCGUCAGAGACGGAGAGAGAGAGAGAGAGAGUGCAAACUCCAUUUGGCUGUCCUCACCCCGCCUCCCUCCCUCCCUCCUUCUCCUCCUUCGCCGCCAGUGGGAGCAGCAAGUGGAGCUGACGGCCGGCCAUUCGGAGCGCAAGGCAGCGGCACAGCAUCAUCGUCUGUGACAUCCACCCGGGCCGAGAUGGAGGGAGCAGGCAUAGCGCGCAACAUCAGCAGCAGCCCGCUCAGCCCCUGCGAGGGGAUGAUCAAGGACCUGAGCCUGGACGCCAUACAGCUUUGUGAGCGAGACGGAAGUAAAUCCCAAGAUGGCGCCAUCUCCGACAUGGAGGAGCUGCCCGUCCCGCAGGGCAUCAAGAUCAGCAACAUCACCUGCGACUCUUUCAAGAUCUGCUGGGACAUGGAGCAGCGCGGCAAGGAGCGCAUCACGCAUUACUUCAUUGACCUGAACAAGAAGGAGAACAAAAACUCCAACAAGUUCAAGCACAAGGACGUGCCGACCAAGCUGGUGGCCAAGGCGGUGCCCCUCCCCAUGACGGUGCGCGGCCAUUGGUUCCUCAGCCCGCGCACCGAGUACACGGUGGCGGUCCAGAUGGCGUCCAAACAGACGGACGGGGACUACGCCGUCUCGGAGUGGAGCGAAAUCGUCGAGUUCUGCACCGCCGAUUAUUCCACAGUGCAUCUCAACCAGCUCCUGGCGAAGGCCGAGGCCAUCUCCGGACGGAUGCUGCGCUUCUCCGUCUUCUACCGCAACCAGAAUAAGGAAUACUUUGACCACGCCAGGGAGGAGCAGGGCAACCGGAUGCUGCCGUCGGUGAAGGACAACAGCGGCAGCCACGGUUCUCCCAUCAGCGGCAAGCUGGAGGGCCUUUUCUUCAGCUGCAACACGGAGUUCAACACGGGCAAGACCCCGCAGGACUCCCCGUACGGCCGCCAUCGCUUCGAGGUGCGAGCCGACGCCCUGUUCAACCCCGACACCAACCUCUACUUUGGGGACUUCUACUGCAUGUACACGGCCUACCACUACGUCAUCCUGGUGCUGGCGCCCAAAGGCUCGCGCGGGGACGACUUCUGCAAGCAGAGGCUGCCCGCCCUCGACAUCGCCGACAACCGCUUCCUCACGUGCCAGCGGGAGGAAGGCGGCGGGGGCGAUGGCGACGGCCUGGUCUUCCGUCACGCCCAGGACGUGAUCCUGGAGGUGAUCUACACGGAGCCCGUGGACCUGGCGAUGGGCACGGUGGCCGAGAUCAGCGGCCACCAGCUCAUGAGUCUGUCCACCGUCAACGCCAAGAAGGACCCCAGCUGCAAGACCUGUAACAUCAGCGUGGGACGCUAGCGGCAGGGGGCGGGACUUUUUUUGGGGGGGGGGCGGGACUUUUGGGGAGUGCAACACUUGCAUGAAGCGGUGUGUUUCAGUACAGCCACACUUACAGGUCCUAACUAAGUCCAAGUUUGGGUUUUUUUGUUGGUACGGUUACUUUUUCUUCGCCGAAAGUUCACAUUCUGUUCUCGUACUCAAACUAAUUCCGAAUAUUUGAGAGGAAGUUGAAAAAAUGUUUGGUAAAAAAAGGGG